AUGGCUCAGCUUGAGAAAGUGCUUUGCCGAGCAGAUGAGCUCUAUCAAACCCUUGCUCACCAGGGAUGUGAAUUUUCGAUUUUCCCAUCUCCGGCAGCAUUCGAAUUGUAUCUGGACCGAGCAAAGGAAACUGGUGGGACGUUUGAAGAGGGUAACUUUGAUGAAAACCGCGGUGCUGAAUCCCGUGUCUGGCGCAGCGUUGAACCGGGUACAUUGAAGAAUGAAUUAUCGAGCAGCACAAGCGCAGACGGCAAUCCAGGCUAUUGGAUUCGAACAAGCUUCUUUGAUCGGCUCAAAACGGAGGAUAUGCAAUUUGUUUGA